UUGUGUGUAGAUUGUAUCCUCCUCCUAUCAGAUUGUACACUGUGCUUCAUGUUGUCUUGGGAGAGAGAUUGGAAUGUGUUCACACUGCUUAUUACUGACAUUUUGGUGACAAAUGGAUACUGAGGGCACGUUGCACGUUUUUUUCAUGCGCUAUGGAAGCCAUUUCCCUCAGGUUUCAGACCAGUACCACUUCUCAGCUAUUGGUACAAAAGAUUUUCCUAACUAAUAACAUUUUUUUUCUUUGUGGCAGCUGGGAAGCUUGAAGCCUGCUUUUAAAAGCCUACUUUCAGCCCUUGUACAUGCAUAGGCUCAAGUCGUCUCAGAAGGACAAGGUCCGCCAGUUUAUGGCAUGCACUCAAGCCGGGGAAAGAACUGCUAUCUACUGCCUCACUCAGAAUGAUUGGAAACUAGAUGAGGCCACAGACAGCUUCUUUCAAAACCCAGACACGCUCCUUCAGGAGUCCAUGAGGAACACUGUGGACCAGAAGAAGCUGGAACAGUUGUAUGGCAGGUACAAAGACCCACAAGAUGAAAACAAAAUUGGAAUUGAUGGAAUCCAACAGUUUUGUGAUGAUUUAAAUCUUGAUCCUGCCAGUAUCAGUGUUUUGGUCAUAGCAUGGAAGUUCAGGGCUGCUACUCAAUGUGAAUUUAGCAAAAAGGAAUUUGUAGAUGGCAUGACAGAACUUGGGUGUGAUAGCACAGAAAAGCUGAGAGCUCUUCUGCCCAGAUUGGAACAAGAGCUUAAGGACUCAGCAAAGUUCAAAGAUUUUUAUCAGUUUACCUUUACCUUUGCUAAGAAUCCUGGACAAAAAGGUUUAGACUUAGAAAUGGCUGUUGCAUAUUGGAAAUUAGUAUUAUCUGGAAGGUUUAAAUUUUUAGAUCUGUGGAAUACAUUUCUGCUGGAGCACCACAAAAGAUCCAUUCCAAGAGACACUUGGAACCUUCUGCUAGAUUUUGGAAACAUGAUUGCAGAUGAUAUGUCUAACUACGAUGAAGAAGGAGCAUGGCCUGUCCUUAUAGAUGAUUUUGUAGAAUAUGCACGGCCAGUAGUCACAGGUGGGAAGCGCCGCCCUUUCUAAGAGGAAAAGUAAGGCUGAGAUUGUAAUGUGCAUCACAUCCUGCAAGGGGUCACUUGAGGGUCAGUUGCCUUGUGUGUCUGUCACCGACUUAAGAAGUCCCUCGCACAGUCGUGAAGCUGAAGCUGCUUGAAGGCUGUGGCUGUCGUGUGCACACUGAGGAUGGCUGCCUCAGAGUUAGGGUUUGUCCUAGCUGCUGCUUUAGGAGACUCCUGCAUGACCUCACACUUACAUGAACUAGUAGAGAGCCUGUCUGCAGGCUGCAGAACAUGUUUAAUUUGUGAUUAAGACAAACAUACCAUAACUAUACUUAAAAACAGUAUUUAUGCCCUCAAUAGGAUGUAUUUUUAUAGAAAUCAAGGCUGUUUCAAAUUGUGCCCUAAUGAAGAUGACCUUAUCAGAAGAUGGUUGUUUUUAAAUCUUGGUACCAGGAAUUCAUAAUUUUAUUUAUUUUUUGAACUAUCAAACAUUGGAUUUAUCAGAUCUGCAUUGCUUUUGUUUUUUUCUGGUGUUUAUAUGAGUACUUUGAUGGGUUUAUGCACUAUUUCAGGAUGCGCAGUGACAGGUACAGGUAAGCUAAUUCCAGUGACACUCAUUUAGCUGUUUACCUGCCAGUGGGUGUGCUUUACUUCUAAUGAUGUUAUUUGAACCUCCUAAAAAGUUUAUUUUUUAAUUAUAUAUAAAUGAAAGACAUUUUUCCAUGAAAAGCAUUUCUUUUUGAGUGCAUUAAGGUUUUAAAAUCAAAUGCACUAGUUCCCUUCACCUCUCUGUGAUAUCCACAAUGCCCAGGGUCCAGCCCUUUGUAUAGACACGUAUGUUUGGAAGAAAGCCUACCCUCACCUCAAACCUUCAUCUCAUCUACGAGCCACAGUCUGUACCAUAUUACCAUCUGACUUUGUGGUAUUUGUCUGGCCAAGGACCACUUAUGCACACAGCAUGGAGGGCCUAGGUGUCGCCUGCUCUUCUAGUGUCAGGCUCUGAACAUUACUGCGCUGACCCUACCUCACAUUUGCCAAGACUUGGUAUCACAGCGUGCCUUGCUGCCCUCCCUACAACAUGGCCUGGAGAUGAGUGGCUAGGGCCACUCCAGGAUGGGUUCUCAACACCUGUGUACAGAACGUAUGCUCCACUUGGGCCAUCAAAGUGGUCUCUGAGAAGGAGAUACACCCUAGCUUAAGGAAACAGCUCUGAAAUGCGCAUAGCCUGCAACAGAAUCCAUUGGUGACACUGAGAACUUCCAAGAGGGAAAGGGGUGGAGGGGUGGAGACAGACCGGACUCUGAAGAACUGGAUCCUCCCUGUGAGAGGACAUGACUAGUGGUAUGGUGAGGACAAGCCACGUGACCUUUCUCAGCUCUGCUGUGUGUCCUUUAAGCUCUGACUCAACAUUUAUUUUAAUAUUUAAAAUUCUAUGAGGUUGUCAGAUUCUAAAUAUUGGUAAUUGGACAAAACCUCUUCAGAGUUGUGCUUUCUUAUUUUCAUUUGAAUCAUGCAUGCAAUAAAGAUGCUGAGAACUUGAGAAGCACUAAAAUAAAUUAUUUUCCCU